AUGGGGGCCAUCGGCGGAGGGGUGUUCCAGUCAAUCAAGAGCUUUCGGAAUGCUCCUGUGGUGAGUUUGAAAGACUCUCUCUUAGCUUAUGAAAGAUAUUUUAAGAUCAAUAUAAGAACAGUGAUCUGAAAAAAAAAUUCUCCAUCUCUGCACAGGGCUUUCGGCACAGACUAAAAGGUAGCGCCAAUGCUGUGAGAUUAAGAGCUCUACAGAUCGGCGGUAAGAGUCACUGUCUUUACAGUAGUUCUUUCUUGUACAGCACAAAGUACAAACACCAUCCAUCAUCACGAAUGCCGGCCGUCCCGUCGUCAGUCAGCUGGUUAUGACGGUUAUUUUAUUUUCAUUAUGGUCUUUAUCCAUAACCGUCGGUUACACAUUAUACGGUAAUUGUGCCAGCCCUAUUUAUCACUAACAGUUUGUGUGAUGUUCCUGCAGGUAGCUUUGCUGUGUGGGGUGGACUCUUCUCUACAAUCGACUGUUGUCUGGUCCCUAUUCGAGGGAAAGAGGACCCCUGGAACUCUUUAACUAGUGGGGCAAUGACUGGGGCAGUCCUAGCUGCACGCAGUUAGUGUUGGGGGCAAACAUUAAUUCUAGAUGUAACAGAUUUAGUAUAUUUCAUCUUUUUUUCAAGACCCUCUGAUCUGAGGCCAUCCCCACCCCCUGCCUGACCAUCUUGCCCCACCCACCCAACAAAGUCAGAUUAGCUCAAGGGCUUGACUGUUGGCUUUGUGCUCUCCUCAGGUGGGCCCUUGGCUAUGGUGGGGUCAGCCAUGAUGGGGGGCAUCCUGCUGGCCUUGAUCGAGGGCUUUGGGAUCCUUCUCACCAGAUACACCGCACAGCAGUUUCAGAACCGUAAGUAAUGUUUAGAGACGGCCCUGGAACCAUUGUAGAAGCCUGAUUUGACUGAACUCUGUAUGCAGUCAAAUCAAGCAGUGCAGUCAGGUCAGGCUUAUACACUGUGACAUUAGGUGAAGGGGUACACAUCAUUUUCCUGUUACUGAUAACUGGACCUUAUCUCUAAAUGUACAUUUUGAUGGGAAUUGAAUGAAUGUCACAACCCUAGUUGUAUUAAUCUGAAAACCACCACACAGCAGUAACUACCACAGUAGAAAUGACAGAUCUGUUUUUUAUGCUUCUUUCUCCUAUCCAGCGAGUCCCUUUGUGGAUGACCCCAGCCAGCUUCCUCCUAUGGAUGCCAGCCAAUAGCAGACUGGGUUCCAGUAGGUUCCAUGGAGCUACUGGGCCUAGCUACAGCCAUGCAUACUGUGACAAUCUCAGACUAGAGAGGAGAGGGGUGCUCUGAAACCUGACCCCACAGGUGUAAGCAACCUCACCCUAAACCAGCCCCCAUCCUCUCAAUGGUCAUAAGAACGUAGAUGCACUUUAUUAUUAUUCCUCAGGGGUAGAUUACAGGUUAAUUUAGUUAUUUAUUUAUGAAUAUGUUUGUGUAUACCGGUACACCAGUGUUCCUUCUGACUGGUCCUGAAUGAUACCCACAUUUAUCAGAUUAAUUUAUGCACAAACCCAUAAUUUUGUGGUGAUGAAGACUUUUGGUGCUGUAUAACCGCAUUUACAGAAAUAGAAUGGGUAGCUAAACAUGAAUAGGCAUUAAUACAGGUAUGUGUGAGUAUGUAAUGACAGUAUUUAUGAUUAGAAGGUCUAUCAAUCUUACCAGAAGUUAGUGUCAGGUGUGACAAAAUCAAUGCUGUUCAAAACUGAUGUAAUUGAUUUUGCUUGUAAAAUGUAAUGCACUGAGGAAGGAGAACUGCACUAUCAUUCAAUUUCCUCUCCUCAUGGCAGCUUUCAUAAUCGUGAGUUUUUUUGUUUUUUUUAACUAGGCAAGUCAGUUAAGAAUUCUUAUUUACAAUGAUGCCGGCCAAACCCGGACGACGCUGGGCCAAUUGUGCGCCGCCCUAUGGGAAUCACGGCCGGUUGUGAUACAGCCUGGAAUCGAACCAGGGGGUCUGUAGUGACGGCUCAAGCACUGAGAUGCAGUGCCUUUGCAGUGCCUUAGACCGCUGCGCCACUCGGUAGGGAUUCAAUGCCACAUCACAAACACACCAAUCUUUUGAUUCCAUUUACAAACUCAGAAGGCUGGAAUGGAAAGCCAUUUCCAAAUACAUUCAGAGCUCAUGUGUUCUGCUUCCACUGUUUUUUGUUCUGCUGUUUGUUCCGCUCCUUUAUUGCUACUAUGCCGUGCAUUCCCAUCACCUGAGCACUAUAAGGUCUAUCCACUUCGAUGAACCAGAGCACUUUCGUACUCCAUCUCUUUAUUUGGUAUUAUGUUAACAAAAAGAAGAGGUGGAGAUGGUUUUGUGACACAAUUUGAUAUUUUUUGUCAUUCAAAACAUGUGACAUGUAAUGUAUAGAAUGCUGUACCAUAGUUGUUGGUUUUAAUAAAAUAAAAGUGUUAACAGUGUAAUUGACUGGAAAAAUAAUUAAAUUGUUGAUUCUGUAUGGCUUGCUGAAAUUAUUAAUCCCCUCUGAUGCAAUCAAGUACGCACCACAUGCGGGCAGUUGAUUAUUUUAAACAAGUCCGUAACCGAACACGCCCCCUACCCCGCUUGGAAUUAUGGGAGAUGUGGUCUGUUAGAUUGAACAUGGAAAAAAUGGACGUGCAGCCGCCACCUAUCCGAACCUUGGAUGAUUUUGUUUUGGGCUCGGCUCGGUUCGCUGUGCCAGAUAUUCGUAAUCUGGAGAGAUGGAACAAUCGGAUCAUAAACAACUUGCUAUAUUACCAGUCCAACUAUUUCGUUUCGUUUUUGACAAUCCUGGGAAUAGUAGGGUACGUUUCUGACGUGGUCGUUUUCUGCAUGCAAGCACAGCUGCUUUUGUUAGCUGCUUUUGAAUUGUAUUGUAGUGCGAGUCAUCACAAAUUCUGUGGAUAUGGGUCCAUGGUCCAUAAUAAUAUAUUAGCUAGCGAGCCAUUGGCUAUGAUAAUCGACUGAUUAAUCAUUUUAUUGGAUUCAUGGCCCAAUGGGACACAAUGAGUUAUAAGCUGUAGAGAAAAGUCAACUAACAUCAGCCAUUUCUCUAUCCCUCCUGGUCUGACAGGUAUUUCAAGCCCUUCAACCUCUUCCUGGGAGCCACAGUUGUGACAUUGAUAUUCAUGGGGUUUGUGUGGGCAGCAGAGAACCAGGCCCCCAUCAGACGGUUCCGCCGGAACCACCCAUCCCUGGCCCUGGGUGCCAUCCUGGGGGCCAGCUACCUCUUCCUCACAGUGCUUGGGGGAGUGGCCGUCUUCCUGUUCGGCAUAGCCUUCCCCAUCUUAUGUUAGUAUCUAUUCUCUCUUUCACCUCUCCCCAUUCUUGUUGCCUCAAUGUAAACAUAUCAAUCUUCUGUUUAUAACUUAUAACAAUACUCUCUCUCCCUCUCCCUUUGUUAUGCCCCUGACCUCUAUUUUCUCUUUCCCUCUAUUGCUAUUACAGUGGUAUUGAUCCACGCCUCUGUUAGACUGCGGAGCCUCAAGAACAAGUUGGAGAACAAGCUGGAGAGCAUUGGUCUGAAGAGAACACCUAUGGGGCUCCUACUGGAGUCACUAGGACAGGAACAGGAAGCUGGAUCUUAGAGGGGGAGGAGAGGAGGAAAAAAGGAGACAUGUGCCCUGUUCUAUUUCAGUCUCUUGCCUCUUGCUCCUUUGGUAUGCCCAGAUCUGAAAGGAAUGGAUAAAUGUUAGCAAUAUGGUGAUGACGAUAAGUUAAGCUAAGUUCCUUCACAUAUCCUGUCCUGCCCAGAUAUGUAAUCACAGGGGUAGGGGCUAGAGACCUAAAUGGAAUAAGGCCUCUCAGACUGAGAGUGCAAGAAAAGUAGAGGAAGAGAGGAGGGAAGUAAAGCAAUGGUGAUUGUUAUGAUAUCGCAGUGUCACGAAAAUGGUGUAACAGAUUGCAAAUCCUGUGGAAUCAAUUAGGCCUAUGUAAUGCACACACUAACAAAUGACCCUAAAGUCAUUUUGCACACCAUGACAAGCUCCUAAUAUAGAGUUUACAUUGUAUCCUCAGAAAUUAAAAAAUACAUUAUGUUAGCUGAAAAACUGCACUGAGAAGUAAAUGUGGCCUCCUAACAGACAUUUGAUGUGGUGAGUGCUACCAUAAGAUUGUUUUUAAAAUGUAAUUUAACGGCAGUGUUAUGGUUACAACAUUUAUUUUACAUACAUUUUUACAUUUGACAUUUUAGUCAUUUAGCAGACGCUCUUA